AUGGCUGACCAGGCUGUCGCCCGUCUCGCCGGCAUCAAUGUCGGCGCUCCGGUGCGCCCUGCCCCCAGUGCUGAUUUCGGCCUCAUCGGUCUGGCCGUCAUGGGCCAGAACCUGAUCCUGAAUGCUGCGGACCACGGCUUCACUGUCUGCGCCUACAACCGUACAACCGCUAAGGUCGACCGCUUCCUGGACAACGAAGCCAAGGGAAAGCCCAUUGUCGGUGCGCACUCCGUCCAGGAGUUCUGCUCCAAGCUCAAGCGCCCUCGUCGUAUCAUGCUCCUCGUGAUGGCUGGCAAGCCCGUCGAUGACUUCAUCGAGUCCCUCCUGCCGUUCCUCGAGAAGGGCGACAUCAUCAUUGACGGUGGUAACUCCCACUUCCCCGACAGCAACCGCCGCACUCGCUACCUCUCGGACAAGGGCAUCAGCUUCGUCGGCAGCGGUGUGUCCGGUGGUGAGGAGGGUGCUCGGUACGGUCCCUCGCUCAUGCCUGGCGGUAACGAGGCCGCCUGGCCCCACAUCAAGGACAUCUUCCAGAGCAUUGCCGCCAAGAGCGAUGGUGAGGCCUGCUGCGACUGGGUCGGUGACGAGGGUGCUGGCCACUACGUCAAGAUGGUCCACAACGGUAUUGAGUACGGUGACAUGCAGCUGAUUUGCGAGGCCUACGACAUCUUGAAGCGUGGUCUCGGUCUAUCCCCGAAGGAGAUUGGCGAUGUCUUCGCCAAGUGGAACACCGGUGUUCUCGACUCGUUCCUGAUCGAGAUCACCCGUGAUGUCCUCUACUACAAUGACAACGAUGGCACUCCGCUCGUCGAAAAGAUCCUCGACAAGGCCGGCCAAAAGGGUACCGGCAAGUGGACCGCCAUCAACGCCCUGGACCUCGGCAUUCCCGUCACUCUGAUCGGUGACGCUGUCUUCUCUCGUUGCCUCAGUUCUCUCAAGGACGAGCGUGGCCGUGCCAGCCAGAUCCUCGGCGGCCCGUCCCCUAACUUCACUGGUGACAAGCAGGCCUUCAUCGAUGACCUGGAGCAGGCUCUUUACGCCUCGAAGAUCAUCUCGUACGCCCAGGGCUUCAUGCUCAUCCAGAACGCUGCUAAGGAGUACGGCUGGAAGCUGAACAAACCCUCGAUUGCCCUGAUGUGGCGCGGUGGCUGCAUCAUCCGCUCCGUCUUCCUUAAGGACAUCACCAACGCCUACCGCACCAACCCUGACCUCGAGAACCUGCUUUUCGAUGGCUUCUUCACCAAGGCCAUUCACAAGGCCCAGGACGGCUGGCGUAACGUGGUCAGCAAGUCGGCUCUGUGGGGCGUCCCGCUGCCGGCCUUCAGCACUGCCCUCAGCUUCUACGACGGCUACCGCAGCAAGAACCUGCCGGCCAACCUCCUCCAAGCCCAGCGUGACUACUUCGGUGCGCACACCUUCCGCAUCAAGCCCGAGUUCGCCAACGAGAACUUCCCGGAGAGCAAGGACAUUCACGUCAACUGGACCGGCCGUGGUGGUGACGUGUCGGCCUCGACUUACGUGGCAUAA